CCGUCAGCAAAGCCUCCGAUGUUUUCUAAACGUAGGAAACUUUAAAGUAGCUCGACAAGUUUUGCUCUGGAGAGCGUCGGGCGAAGCGCAACUUUAACACCGUGUGAUGUGAACGUUUAUCUUCCGACGUGAGCGGUUGAUAGGGAGAGUUCAGGCCUGUCCGAGCACCGGGGGAAAAACCAGAGUGCACCAUGUAUAUGCACUGUAACGGAUCCACAAUGGAGCUGGAGCUGGUGAAGAUGAAAACACACUACCGUGGGGAUAUGUUGAUAACAGACCUGGCUCCCACUGUAACCUUUGAGGAGUUGUGUGAGGAGGUGAGAACGAUAUGCAGUGUUGCCAAGCAGCAGCCCAUCACACUCAAGUGGAUCGAUGAUGAAGGGGACCCUUGUACCAUCUCGUCUCAGAUGGAGCUGGAGGAAGCGUUUCGAAUUUAUCAUCGAACCAAGACGUCUGGAUUGCUGCUGCACGUUUUCCCCAGUAUCCCGGAGCAGCCUGGCAUGUCCUGUCCUGGAGAAGACAAAUCGAUCUAUCGCCGCGGGGCCAGAAGAUGGAGGAAACUCUACCGAGUCAACGGACACCUCUUCCAGGCCAAGCGCUUUAACAGGAAAGCCUACUGUGGCCACUGUAGUGAAAGGAUAUGGGGGCUGGGCAGGCAGGGCUACAAGUGUAUCAACUGCAAACUGCUUGUCCAUAAGCGCUGUCACAGACUCAUCCCUCAGACCUGCCAAAGGCUUAUGGAUCCAGUCAUGCCAUCACAGGAGCCCCCGUCAGACGCCAAGAGUGAGGAGGUGGAUCUUCCACCGGAUGACACAGAGGACACAGAUGGGAUAUCCUUUUUACCACACAACUGUACAGUGGAUAAAACAGAUGAUGCAGAUACUGAGGACAUCAAAGCAGUAGUGGAUGGCAUUGAUGGCAUUAAGCUGUCCCAGGGCCUGGCUCUCGGGCUGGGAGACUUUGACAUGAUCCGAGUGAUCGGCCGCGGCAGCUACGCCAAAGUGCUGCUGGUUCGGCUAAAGAAGAAUGAGCAGGUGUACGCAAUGAAGGUGGUGAAGAAGGAGCUGGUCCAUGAUGAUGAGGAUAUUGACUGGGUGCAGACAGAGAAGCAUGUGUUUGAGCAGGCGUCCACCAAUCCAUUCUUAGUAGGCCUCCACUCUUGCUUCCAGACAGAGAGUCGGUUAUUUCUGGUGAUUGAGUAUGUGAACGGCGGGGACUUGAUGUUUCAUAUGCAACGACAAAGGAAGCUCCCAGAAGAACAUGCCAGAUUUUAUGCUGCUGAAAUCUGCAUUGCUCUGAACUUCCUGCACGAAAAGGGCAUCAUCUAUCGUGACCUGAAGCUGGACAACGUUCUGUUGGACUACGACGGACACAUCAAGCUCACAGACUACGGCAUGUGCAAGGAAGGGAUCAGACCAGGUGACACCACUAGUACUUUUUGUGGGACACCAAACUACAUCGCACCUGAGAUCCUCAGAGGAGAGGACUACGGCUAUAGUGUGGACUGGUGGGCUCUGGGCGUGCUGAUGUUUGAGAUGAUGGCUGGCAGGUCCCCGUUUGACAUCAUCACCGACAAUCCUGACAUGAACACAGAGGAGUACCUCUUUCAAGUUAUUCUCGAGAAGCCCAUUCGUAUCCCAAGGUCUCUGUCGGUGAAAGCUGCCAGUGUGCUCAAGGGUUUUCUAAACAAGGAUCCUAAGGAGCGGCUGGGAUGCCAGGUUCAAGAGGGCUUCACAGACAUCAAGUCCCACACAUUUUUCCGCAGUAUAGACUGGGACCAGCUGGAGAAGAAAGAUGUGACGCCGCCCUUCAAACCUCAAAUCUCUGACGACUAUGGCCUCGAAAACUUUGACACGCAGUUUACGAAUGAACCAGUGCAGCUAACACCAGAUGAUGAGGACGUCAUCAAGAGAAUAGACCAAUCAGAAUUUGAGGGAUUUGAAUACAUCAACCCCCUGCUGCUAUCCACAGAAGAGUCUGUAUGAAGGAGAGACGAAGCUUCCUCCUUCGCCCACCUACUGUCUGUCCAAGCUGCCGUCUCAGCCAAAAACCACUCGCAACUCGCCAAUUCUGUAAGGCGAGCAGAAGAGUAAAGGACGAUGGGGAGGACGAACUCACCCUCUGGACCUGUCAACAAGGCAAACAGGAGAGUGGGAGAGUUUCCUUCCUGGACGAUUCAGUUUUGUUGGGAGUAGUAACUCUUCUUUCUACAAGGAAAAUAAAGAGGCUGAACUACAAGAACAUUCCCUUUCGUUCCACUGUCUUCCCCUCUUUUCUUUUCUUUUCUUAAUCUCCCCUGGCUUCAUCCCUCUGUUCCGUCAGAAUGUCCAUCCUCAUGUCAAAGCACGACUGGCUUUGUAAUUUGAACAGAGAGCUGUUGUUGAUUCUGUGCCUGCCAUCAUGAACACAUCUCAACUUGACUCACAUCCCUGGAUGAAUAUGAUGGUUCUGUAAAUGAACUUGACAUUUUAUGUGCACUUUUCCUUUUUUUAUCUUGUAGGGCGGGGCGAGGCCUCACACGAGCAAGAAUGUACAAUGAGAGGAAAAAAAAUAAGUUAUUAUUGUGUAUUAUAUUGUAGGUAGUAAGUCCAAAAUUGACGAUGCCUUUUAUUGAUGCAAGUGGCACAUUUUCAUUCGUAAUCACAAACUCUCCUUUUUAUCUCUAU